AUGCAAGCAUCGGGCGUGGAUCUAUACGCCGGCACGCUCUUUUUACACCCAUUAUCUAUCUAUCUAUCUAUCUAUCUAUCUAUCUAUCUAUCUAUCUAUCUAUCUAUCUAUCUAUUUUUCUACUUAAGUGCUUGCAACAGACGAGGGAACCCUUUCAAAACUUCAUACGGGAAAUCUAUCUAUCUAUCUAUCUAUCUAUCUAUCUAUCUAUCUAUCUAUCUAUCUAAGCCGGCUUAUAUCUAUCUCAGCCUUCUCCUAUCUCUCUCUUUCUCUCUCUCACUAUCUAUCUAUCUAUCUAUCUAUCUAUCUAUCUAUCUAUCUAUCUAUCUAUCUAUCUAUCUAUCUCAGUGUUUUCAAUGCUUUCUACAUAUCGCUCUGCACAUCAAUCUAUUCAUUUACUCUUCUACCACUUUCUGUAUCUAUCAAGUUUUGAUAAGUUUUCCUGUCUGUUUGUCCCCAGUCUCUUCCUUCCUUCCUUCCUUCCUUCCUUCCUUCCUAUCUAUCUAUCUAUCUAUCUAUCUAUCUAUCUAUCUAUCUAUCUUGGAAUUGAUUAAAAAUAUCUAUCUAUCUAUCUAUCUAUCUAUCUAUCUAUCUAUCUAUCUAUCGUUUUCUGUUCAUUAUCUAUCUAUGUAG